UCCUGAAAAGGCACAAAUUAUCAAUAUUAUUCCCGGGAAAGUUUGUCAACAUUGAGAUUGAAGUCUCAGGAUAGAUCCUGAACUUGGAAGAUUUUGUAGAUCCAUCUUUCGAUAAAAAAAAAAUUAUAGAUAGAUCUAGAUCAAAUACAGCUGAUUGUUUAAUAACAAUGAGCAAGGAUACCACACAGUCCCCCAAUCUUCCUUGGGUUGAAAAAUACAGGCCCAAGCAAUUGGAUGACCUGAUCUCACACAAAGACAUUAUUUCUACUAUCAGCAAGUUUGUAUCAGAAGAACGACUCCCACAUCUAUUAUUUUAUGGACCACCAGGCACUGGCAAAACUAGCACUAUUUUAGCAGUUGCCAAACAGAUUUACUCACCUAAAGAGUUCAACUCAAUGGUCUUAGAGCUCAAUGCAUCAGACGAUCGUGGUAUUGGCAUUGUACGUGGCCAGAUUCUCAGUUUUGCUAGCACAAGAACCAUUUUUAAAAAAGGAUUCAAACUAGUUAUACUUGAUGAAGCCGAUGCAAUGACUAAAGAUGCUCAAAAUGCCCUUCGAAGAGUAAUAGAGAAGUUUACAGAGAACACAAGAUUCUGUAUUAUCUGCAAUUAUUUAUCAAAAAUCAUUCCUGCUCUACAAUCUCGGUGUACAAGAUUUCGUUUUGGACCACUCAAACAAGAACAGAUGGUUCCCCGUCUUGAAUAUGUCAUUUCACAAGAAAAUGUCAAUGUAUCGCAGUCUGGAAUGAAAGCAUUGGUGACAUUAGCCAAUGGGGACAUGCGAAGGGCUCUAAACAUUUUGCAAAGUACUUCAAUGGCCUUUGAUGAAGUAACGGAGGAUAAUGUCUACAUCUGUGUUGGGCACCCCCUUCGAAAGGACAUUGAGAACAUAGUCAACUGGGUGCUGAAUGAAAAUUUUACUACUGCAUAUCAAAAUAUUAUGAUUUUAAAAACCCAAAAAGGUUUAGCACUAGAAGAUGUUCUGACAGAAGUGCACAGUUAUGUUCACAGAAUUGAUUUGCCAUUACACGUCAGGAUGCACUUGCUAGAAAAAAUGGCAGAUAUUGAAUACCGUCUUGCAUCUGGAACAAGUGAAAAGAUUCAGCUUAGUUCACUUAUUGCUGCCUUCCAAAUAGCUAGAGAUUUGUUAGCACAAGAGGCCAAAUAGUUUCAAUCAUGAACACAGAGUAGAAUUAUUUGACUGUAAUUAGAAAUAUUUGUAAACUUUGUAAUAAAUUUUUUUGUUUUCCAUGGUUACAAAAA